CUUUAAAGAGGCAUCGUUUUUUUCCAUGAAACUUUAAAUUCAUGUGAGAAUUGAUGAUUACCUGAGGUUUGUGGUGGUCUAGGAUUGCAUUUUUGGAUAGAUGAAUAGGGCCUGUAGUAAGAGAAGUGAAGCUCAGAGAGAAUCACCUCAACCAGUUCUAUUUCCCAUUCACAUUUCUUUAAAGCUUUAUUCUGUGUUUUCAAAUGGAUUUACAUCAGCCUGAAGCAUAUCUUUUUAGCGAUCAAUAUCCUUCUUGUCCUUGGUUACAUAUUCCGAUAACCAUGUACAUCAUCCAUAAGUUGAUUGUCAUUUGAGCUUGUCUCCUUAUCUCCAAAAGCUAUGGUCCUUUCUUCUAAAUUAAUCCAGCAUCUGGCAAUGCAUGACCAUUUUCUUAAUCGAUAAGUAGCCUGUCAACAUUUUUAAUUUCCCUUCAGAAAAUGAUCAGAAUAUGCUGCUGUUAUCAGAAUGCUUGAUUUUGAGUCAGUUGUUGCCAUCAUAUCAUGGGGAAGUCCUAUUUUCUCUUUCGUUUCUCUUGGAGACUACUUCAAUAAUCUCCGUAAACACAAAAUAUAUGAAAUUAAAAAUCCGAUUUACAGGUUACGGAAGAAUGGUCUGAAUGAAUCUGAAGCUUAUCAGUACUUUGUCUUGAAAGCCCAGCAAAUAGCUUUGUCCCAUGGCUAUGAAAUUGUGAACUGGGAAGAGACCUUCAAUAACUUCGGCAACAAAUUGAGCCGAAAAACCAUUGUUCAUAACUGGCUUGGGAGUGGUGUUGCUGAGCGAGUAACUGCUGCUGGGUUGAGGUGCAUUGUAAGUAAUCAGGACAAGUGGUAUUUGGACCACUUGGAUGCUACAUGGCAGGGUUUCUAUAUGAAUGAACCACUCACAAAUAUAACAAAUCCCAAGCAACAGGCAUUAGUUAUUGGGGGUGAGGUAUGCACGUGGGGUGAACACAUUGAUGGUUCAGAUAUUGAACAAACCAUAUGGCCACGUGCUGCAGCAGCUGCAGAGAGGCUAUGGACACCUUAUGACAAUCUAGCUAAAGAUCCACGGCAAGUUACGGGAAGAUUAGCACACUUUAGGUGUCUUCUGAAUCAGAGAGGAGUUGCUGCUGCUCCAUUGGCCGGGCCUGGUCGAGUUGCCCCGGGAGAGCCAGGCUCAUGCUAUUCACAGUAG